AUGGAUACUUUAGUACAAGAACCAUAUGAUAUUUGUUCAAAAUCAGUAUGCUCCGAUGAUGAAAAUGAUUACUACAGUUGGGUGGAAAAUUCGAAAACAAAUGGUUCCACCUCAGAUCUGCAGGUGAAGGAACCACAACCUGCAUUGUUGUUGUUGUGUGAGGAGGGUGAGGGGGAGAGUUUGAAAGAAGACGAUCAUCAUUCGGAUGCGGUAUUCAAGUUCAUAAGGGAUAUGCUUAUGGAGGAAGAGGAUGAGUUGCAGAAUCGGGCGUCCAUGCUCCACGAAUGCUUGGCUCUCCAGGCCACUGAGAAAUCCUUUUACGAUGUCCUCAACAACCAUAAUAGGGACGAUUUCACCAAAAACUAUAGCACCCCAAGUGAUUGGUGCCUUAACGAGGCACUGUCUGAAUUUCAUGUGUUGCCGUUGGACUCCUCCAACGAAAAGAAGAAAAACCGUGUCAGGGAGCCUCCCAUUGAUGAAGGCAACAUUGUAAGGAGGAGUAACAAACAAAUGGCGGGCAGCAUCGACGAAAACGAGCCGCUCGAGAUGUUUGACAGCGUGCUGCUUUGCUCCAUCUCAGAAGAAAGAAGAAAUCACAACUUCCAACGAACAAAGAAGAAAUCACCAGCAAUACCCAGAAGAGGAGGCAAGAAAAACACAAUUAAUGAAUCUGGGGUCGACCUCCGAGCACUCUUACUCCAGUGUGCGCAGUGCGUGUCGGCCUUUGACAUGAGGACCGCCAACGAGCUGCUCCUCCGCAUAAGGGAGCACUCAUCCCCGCACGGAGACGGCGCACAGAGGCUCGCCCAUUAUAUAGCAAACGCCAUCGAGGCCCGGCUGGCCGGCACGGGAACAGAGCUUUACUCGGCCAUCGACUCACGGAGUUUAUCGGCCGCAGAGGGCUUGAAAGCCUAUGAGAUGUUCAUCACGGCAUGCCCUUUCGAAAAAAUGUCCAACCUCUUUGCAAGCAUCGCAAUCAGGAAACUGGCAGCCGGGGCAACAAGGCUCCACCUCGUGGAUUUCGGGAUUCUUUACGGACUUCAUUGGCCCUCCCUCAUCAAGGCCCUGUCCGAACAGCCCUCCGGGCCCCCGAGGCUGCGCAUCACGGGCAUCGAUUUCCCCCAGCCGGGGCUCCGCCCGGCCGAGCGCUUGGAGGGCACGGGCUGCCGCCUCGCGAGUUACUGCAGGAGGUUCGGCGUCCCGUUCGAGUACAAGGCGAUCGCGCAGAAAUGGGAGAGCGUGCGGGUGGAGGAUCUGGAGAUUGGGAAGGACGAUUUGGUGGUGGCCAAUUGCCUUUACCGGCUUCACCAUGUUGGGGACGAGACUGUGGGCGUGGGGAGAGAUGCGGUGCUAGAGCUGAUGAGGAAGAUGAAGCCGGCCAUGUUUGUACACGGAGUGGCGUGCGGAACUUACAACACGCCCUUCUUCGUUUCGAGGUUCAAGGAAACGCUCUACCACUUCUCGUCCAUGUUUGAUAUGUUUGAGGCGACAGUGGCGCGGGAGGACGAGUACAGGUUACUGUUCGAGGAGAUGGUGUUGGGGAAGGAGGUGAUGAACGUGAUAGCCUGCGAGGAUACGGAGAGGAUAGAGAGGCCAGAGGGGUACAGGCAGUGGCAGUGCAGGACAGCGAGGGCUGGAUUCAGACAGAUGGAGUUGGAUCAAGAGAUUGUGAAGUACGUGAGGGAUAAGGUGCGGAGGGAUUAUCAUGAGGAGUUCUCGGUGGAUGAAGACGGGAAUUGGAUGCUGCAGGGAUGGAAAGGACGCGUUACUCAUGCCAUCUCCUGCUGGGAACCGGCCAACAACUGA